CAUCCAAUCAAACGCCACGUCGGAGAUUACUGGAGAUUUUGAAUUCUCAGCAGCAUUUUGUCUUUCGGAGCGAAAUCUCAAGAACAAGAAUCACCGCUUUUAGGAUAUGCCGGUUGAGGCUUGACGUAGCUACCUACAGAUAUUGAAGCAGUAUGAGCUGGGUAGUGGAGGAGUGGAAAGAUGGUCUUUCAGGUAAAGCCCUGCAGAAGAUACAAGAGAUUGAGGGACAGCUGGACAAGCUGAAGAAGGAGAGGAAUCAGAAACAGUUCCAGCUCGACUCACUGGAGGCUGCUCUACAAAAGCAGAAACAAAAGGUUGACAGUGAGAAGAGUGAGGCGUCUGCCAUUAAGAGGGAGAACCAGGCCUUAGUAGAGUCAUGUGACGCCGUGGAGAAGGCCCGUCAGAAGGCGACCCACGACCUGGGGGUCAAAGUGCAACAGGUUAGCAACCUGGAGGGUCAGCUCAGCACCAGCAAGAAGACCAUAGAACGACUGGAGCAGGAACUCAAGAAAUAUAAAAAUGAAAAGGACCGUUCUCAGCACUCCCACUCCUCUGAUCUACAGUCCUACAGCACUCCUCAGAAGACCUUUGCCACUCCUGCUGCUACUCCCAGCUACAGACAGCAUGACUCCAGGCUGGAGGACCUUCAGGAGAGAUACAACCAGGAGGUGGAAGAGAGGAAGAGACUGGAAGCCGAACUGAAAAUCACACAGGUCAAACUGUUGAACCAGUCGUCCGUCAGUCAUAAGGACAUUGCCACCCGGCAACAAGCAGGCUCCUCCAUAUUCCCAUGGCAACAGCAAGACAAGGGCCGCCAGUCCCAGGGCACCAUUGAAACACCCCUGGCUAGGCGGGCAGGGGGCGGGACAUCCGCUGGCGGCUUCCUGUGGAACACGGAGGAUACACCAAUCAAAUCCACCCAGCGAAUCAGCACAUCUGUAUCCCAGUUUGAUUCUGAUGGCUCCUCCCAGCAGAUGGAACAGCUGAGGAUGCUGAAUCAAGAGCUGAAGAGUAAAGUGUCUGAGUUGGAGCAGCAUCUGCAGUCACAGGAGAAGGACGCGAGGAUGCAGAGCGGCAGGCUCCAGGAGCUCCAAGGCCAGCUGGACCAGGCUAGGAGAGACCUGACCGACAGAGACAAGACCCUGGGCAAGAGCAGAGAUGAACUAAGCAAGGCUACCACUCAGCACGAACAAGCUGUCGCCAAGUGUGUGUCAAUGGAGCAGAAAUUGAAACAGGUCUCUGAAGAGAUGUCCUGCCAGAGGCACAACGCUGAGAGCUGCAGACGAGCUCUGGAACAGAAGGUCAAGGACCAGGAGAAGGAGAGCCAGAAGGAGCUGUCCCACCUCCAGAGCAGCCACCACUCCCUAGAGCAGCAGUUUAACCAGACCAAGACCAAGCUGAACCAGGAGAUACAGCAAGCUAAGAAAGACCACAACAUCCUGCAGGCUGAGAUGGACAAGGUGUCAUGCCAGAGGAGCCAGCUGGAGAGAGACCAGGAGGAGCAGAAACAGAAGCUGCUGAGGUCAGAACAGAGCCAACAGGCCAGCCAAAACAAGGAGCAGGACCUCAGGAAGAAAUUUGAGGAGCUGCAGAGAGAGAAGAACACUGUGAGCGCCCAGCUGGACCAGGGUAGCAAGAGGCUCUCUCAGCUGGAGGAGGAGAAGAAGAGCGCCGAGCAGAACCUCAAACGCACCCAGAGCAUGCUGGAUGACUUCAGAGCCAAAAAUGAAGCCCAGUCCGAAGAGUUGAAAGGACUUGUCACUAAACUGGAAAGCCAGACCAGAUCGUCAGCCCAAGAUCUAGAGAACCUAAAGAAAACGCUCACAGACGCAGAGACCAAGAAUGACAAGACUCAGAGUGAACUGAAUACCCAAAAACAGGAAGUGGAACAGAUCACAAACAAACACAGCGCUCUGGAGAAGGAGAUCCAGGAACUGAAGACAACACUGACCACCACUCAGGGCGAGUUUGUGCAGCUGAAGAAAGAGAACGAGACACUUCAGGGAUGGAAAACGGAGAAGGAGACGCUCGUUAACGAGACUGAAGCUGUGCAGCAAGGCUUAGUCGACAAAAUCACUGAGCUGGAGAAGAGUCUGGGCUCGUUGAAUGACGAUAAAAUAGGUCUACAGGAGCAACUGAAGACUCUGGAGGCUGAGAAGGCUUGUCUAUCAGGGCAGAUCGACUCCCUGAAGGGAGAACUCCUCAACAAGUGUACCGACCUGGAGGAGAAGGGCCGCAUGUACGAAGAGCUCCAGAAACAGCUGGAGGAGUCUGACCAGAAACACUUAAAAAACCUGGAAAACGUUGGGUUGCAGAUGACCCAGCUAGAGGGACAAGUGAAGGAUCUGGGGUCCAGGCUGCAGGUGGAGACUGGCAGGGCGGAGCGGGCCGAAAUGUUUCACACUGAGCUCCAGGAGCAGUACCAGGCGGCCUGCGACCUGGCCCGGUCCAAAGAUGCUCUGGUGGAGUUAGGCCAGAGCGAUGUAGCCCAGCUCAGGGAGAGUCUGGCUCAGACCACGGCCCUACAGGAGGAACAACUGGCCAGAUUUACCCAGGAGAAGACCUCCCUCCUGAAGGAGUGUGAGGAAAGCGUAGCAUCGAAGGCAGACGAGGUUGAGCACGCCAAGCUCAGUCUGGUUAAGAUUCAGCAGGAGCUGCCCUUCCUCCAGGACCAGGUGUCUUCACUGGAGUCCAACCUGAAGAUCCAGAAAAGUUUGGGUGUUAAACUACAGGCCAAGUAUGACAACAUUGUCAAUACUAAAGAGGAUCUUGUGGAGAAGCUUUCCGAGGCAGAAAAGAGAGGGGAAAGUCUUCAGGGUGAAGUCAAUAGCCUCUCAGAGCAGGCGAAGACUGUUGGCUCUCUACAGGAGCGCUGUGAUACUCUGACGGCUGCGGCACAGGAGUCCAUAAGCGCUCUGCAGAACAUGACCGAGACCCUGACCCAGACUGAAUCAGAGCUGCACAUACUGAGAGAUGUGGUUGAAAAACUAGAGGCUCAGGUGAACGAAGCUGAGACCAAGGCCUCAGAUCUUGAGAGGGAAAAGGCAGAGAUGGUAGAGAAAGUAGAGAAAAUCCAGAGGGAAGCUGAAGAGGUUUCUGUGAAGUAUCAAAGCCUUCAGGACUCCCAGGAAGAGGAGAGGAAUGGUUUGCUGAAGCAGAUCUCUACAUUGAAGGACAUACUCACUGAGAAUAAUGCUGCUUCCACCCAGCUGUCUUCUGACCUGAAUAACUCCCUGGAAGCUCUGCAGAAGACACACUCGGCUGCCGUGGAGCUCAACUCCAACCUGGAGAGCAGCCUGGUGGAGAAAACAAACCUAAUCUCUUCUCAGGAGAUGCAAGUCAAAGAGCUCUCAGAGAGGCUCCAUAAGGAAGCCGAGAUCCAUGUCACAGAGCUGGAGACUUACCUCCAGAAACAAAGAGGCCUGAAGGAGCAGCUUGAGAUUGUAAAGAGCCAGCUGGAGAGUAAAAGCCAGGAGGGAGCCGAGGCUAAGGAGAAGUGGGAGAGGGCUUCACUAGAGCUGUCUAAGCUGAGAGAAGAUUUGUCUUCUGCCAGAAACAGUGUCGAUGAGAAAGGCCGUAAGAUCAAGAGUCUGAAAGAGCGGUUGAACCAGGCUGAGUCUGAACAAGACAAAGCUACCGACGCCCUGAAAGAGAAGGUCAUCAGCAUGAACAAGAUCAAGGUCCAGCUGGAGAUGCUUCAGAUGGACCUGGAGGACAAUGAGGCCUGCAUGAAUGCCUUUGACACCCAGAUAGAGGAGCUUAAAGGAACUGUGGAGGAACUCAGAGGCACCGUGGCCUCUCUGAACGGGAGACUGGAGGAGAGCGUGACGCAAAGGUCCACCUUGGAGACCGAGCUGGGCUCUGUCAAAGAGCAGCUGUCAGAGAAGAGCUGUGAAGUCACCCAGGUGACAGCAACUCUUGAAGACAUUCGCCAGCAGAUGCAGGCUGCCUUGUCCACAGCAGGUUUAGUGGAAUCACUCCAGACCACUGUUGAUGGGCUGAUGGAGACCCUGGAGGAGGAGGUUAGAAAACACGGCCAACUGGAGAUUGACAUCAUUCGGCUCACUGAGGAGAAGGAGCAGUUGGCCGUGGAGAAGGAGCAGUUGGCCGUGGAGAAGGAGCAGUUGGCCGUGGAGAAGGAGCAGUUGACCGUGGAGAAGGAGCAGUUGACCGUGGAGAAGGAGCAGUUGACCGUGGAGAAGGAGCAGUUGACCGUGGAGAAGGAGCAGUUGACCGUGGACAAGGAGCAGUUGACCGUGGACAAGGAGCAGUUGACCGUGGACAAGGAGCAGUUGACCGUGGACAAGGAGCAGUUGACCGUGGACAAGGAGCAGUUGACCGUGGACAAGGAGCAGUUGACCGUGGACAAGGAGCAGUUGACCGUGGACAAGGAGCAGUUGACCGUGGACAAGGAGCAGUUGACCGUGGACAAGGAGCAGUUGACCGUGGACAAGGAGCAGUUGACCGUGGACAAGGAGCAGUUGACCGUGGACAAGGAGCAGUUGACCGUGGACAAGGAGCAGUUGACCGUGGACAAGGAGCAGUUGACCGUGGACAAGGAGCAGUUGACCGUGGACAAGGAGCAGUUGACCGUGGAGAAGGAGCAACUUGAGGCUGACUUGCAGAGGCACAGUCUGAACGCUGGGGAUGAGAGAGACGCGGUCAAACAGGAGAACGAGUGUCUCCAGCGUACGCUACAGAGCCUGACGGAGAACUACGAGGCUGUUCAGUCUGCGUUUGAGAGAGCAACCCGGCAGAGCGAGGACGAAACCAGAGAGAGGAUCGGAACGUUUGCGAGGGAACAAACCGAGCUCCAGCAGAGACUGAGCGGACUGCAGGGUGAACUAGCCCUGUUCAAGGAGCACUAUGACAGCCUGAUGACUCAGGCAAGCCAGCAGCAGUCUCUCAUAGAGCAGCUACAGACCAAGAGAGACCAGAAGGUCUCUGCAGGAGAGGCGGACGGACCGACUUCCAGACAGACAUCAGGCUCCUUCUUCAACGUCAGCUUCCCCUUAAAAGAAGAUACCGUGGAGAUGAAACCCACAGCUGAGCAAUCAGAUGACCUCCACAACUCUGAGGUACCUCAACAGACAGGAAGUGACAGCAACAAUGAGCCAGCUGAAGAGUUCAGUGACUGCAUGGAUAAAGUCCCUGUAGAGCAGCAGAAAGCGCUCAGUAAAAGCCUAGAUGAUGAUGAUGAUGUGACCCUCGGCGGUGAACAUCACCAGGACCAGUUGGCCCAGAGCAGGGAGGCGGUCAGAAAGCUAGAGGAGGAGCUACAGACCCUCCACUCCCAGCUUGACCUCGCUACCUCUGAGAUGACCCUCAGGAAGGAGCUGUGCUCUGAGCUGGAGGUCAAAGUUGAGGAGUUAGAGGUGAAGGUCCAACAGAUGGAGAAAGAGAUGUGUGGUGCCGCGGAGAAGAUUAGCGCUGCCGUAGUGGAGAGACGGACGCUAGGUGACCAGAUCUCAGAGUUGACAGAGGAGGCAGAGUCCCUGAGACUGGCGCUGCAGACCUCUAAAUGUCAGCUCUCUGAUGUUAUGGAGAUGCUAGAGACGCUGGAGAGGGCCAAAGGUGGUUGGAGCGAGAGGUUCUUCCAGGUGGAAAGCGAACUGAAGAGGGUUCGUUCUGAGAAGGCCAAUCUGGAGAAACACAUCCUCUCCAUGGAGGCUGAUUUGGAGUGCUUAACCGAGCAGAAAGUCACGCUGGAGAGGGAGAUGGAGGCUAGCCGCAAAGCUAAAUGUGACCUGGCCCAGCAGCUGGCCACCCUCACCUCGGAGAACGGACAACUCAGACAGGAGAUGGUGUCCUGCAGCGAGGAAAGGAAUGAGCUGGAACAGUCAGUGGCACAGUGGAGGGAUAAGGCGGAGAGUCUGGAGAAGACAAACGUGGAUACUAGAGAGGUUAUUAAGAUCUUAGAGGAAGAUAUCAGGAAUGGGAAGAGGGAAUCUGAUGUGACGUCUGCUAACCUGGAGAGUCUGCAGAUGGAGUACGGUCAGCUGGUGCUGCAGUGUCAGGCGCUAGAGAAGACCAUCACCCUGCAGAGCGGGGAGAAGGACAACCUGAUUAACCAACUGAACAGCUUCAAAGAUGACCAGAGCUCUGUGAGCAAAAACACUGAGUCCAUGGCCUCUAAGAUCCAGUCUCUGGAAGGGGAGAUAUCUAGACUAGCCCAGUCUCUGGAGUCUUCUCUGCUAGAGAAAGGAGAGAUAGCCUCACGCCUCAACUCAACCCAGGAGGAGGUGGCCCAAAUGAGGUCGGGCAUCGAGAGGCUCCGGGUCCGCAUAGAGUCCGACGAGAGAAAGAAAAAACACAUGAGCGAACUGCUGAAGGCUGCCCAGAGGAAAGCAGAUGCUCUUCAGGACCAGCUAGACAAACAGGAGAGGGAGCGGGAAGACGCUGACCAAAACCUAGAGGAGGCUGUGCUUCAGGCCGAGACGGCCACGGCCCAACUUGAAGAGUUGGAGGAAGAGAAGAAGGAACUGGCCAGUAAGAUUGAGGAGAUGACCGCCGAACUGGACAGCCUGAGAAAUGAGAAGGAGAGACUUGAGGAAUUGCUCUCUCUGAAGAACGCAGAGAUAGAGGAGAUGAAGGCAGCAAACCGAGCUGCCACUGAGGAACUGGAGAAAGGAAUGAGAGAGGCGGAGGACAAACAGAGGGCAAUGGUGGAAGAGUUACAGGCCCAGCUUGGCUCUGUGAGCUCUGAGCUGCAGAAAUGCAGAGAAGGCCUGGAGGGAGAGAAGGAGAGAAUGCGGUCUCUAACGGAGGACUGGGAGGCUGAGGGGGAGAGGCUGAAGAAAGAGGUGGAUCGACUGCAGGCUUUGGAGAUUGAGCGGGAGAAGGAGAGAGAGAUGCUGACUCUGAGACUGCAGGAGGACCUGGAGGCACAGCAGAGAGAGAUGGGGGACAUCCGAGAGAACAACAACACCCUGCAGCAAGAGAUGGAGAAGCUGCAGGCACUACUGUCUGAGUGGGAGCAGAAAGAACAGGCUCAGUCUGCAGAGAGACGAGAACUACAGCAGCAGUCAGAAAGCUACAAGUUAUCCCUGGAGGAGGUUACCUCGGAGAAGGAGCUGCUGAAGGCACAGCAGGAGGAGGAGGUUGCAGCCCUUAGGGGUGAGCUGACCUCAGAGCAGGAGGUGCUGAGGGGACAGUUGGCUGCAGCGGAGGAGGAGAUCACAGGUCAUCUGUCAGAGCUGAGCAGUCUGAGAACCAGAAUGGAGGAGCUCAGCACUACCAUCACACAGCAGGACAGCAGCAAACAGGUAUCGGAGCUGAGCUCCAGAGUGGCCCGUCUGUCUAAGGAGAGGGACUCGGCCCUCGGUAAGGUUAACCUGUGGAUGAACUCCUGUAAACAGCUGGAGAAGGAGAGGGAGGCUCUUGUACUGGAGACCCAGAAACUACAGGCCAGCCAGACACCAGCUGGUGACGUGAGCAGUGAUGAGGUACAGAAGAGGAGCUCUGAGGAGGCGCAGGCUGAACUCAAAGAGUUGAAGAAAGCUCUAGAGGAGAGGAGUGAGGAGGUGCAGGAGCUCAGCAAGACUCUAGCAGAGAGAAGCAGGGAGUUGGAGGUGCAGAAGAGGAGCAGUGAGUCUGAACUGGAGGAGCUUACUGAAGCCUUGGAGGAGAGGAGCAGGGAGGUGGACGAGAGCAUGGAUAAAUACUGCAGCCUGAUGGUCCGUGUCCACAAGCUGGAGGAGACCAACGACACACUGGAAACACGCCUGGAGCGCCUUGUCACGCAAACCACUAGCAGCACGGCUAACAACGCUAGCAACACGGCUAACAGUGCUACCAAUAAAACACCCAGGCGAAAGUCAGGCAGGAGGUCAGCCUCCAGGGCACAGGAAGCCUUCAUACCGUUGGGUCCCGCAGAGACAGACUCUGAGAACACGGUGCCUGCUGGUCAGGGUCAGGGGUCAUUGGGGAAGAGGGGUUGUGGUGUUCUAGCAGCUAGUGACAACAGCAACACUCCAUUUAAAGCCCAGGAGGCCCUGCUGAACACUGCCAAGAGGAUCAAAGCAACAGCAACCACACCCAAACCAGGAAGUAGACAGGAAGAGGAGGAGUUUAGGCCAGAGGGACUUCCUGAGCUGGUGCAGAGAGGGUUUGCUGAUAUCCCUCUAGGAGAGGCCAGUCCCUUCAUCAUGAGGAGAACCGCAGUGCAGCGCUGUAGCCCUCGUCUGGCCGCCGCACGACACACUGCCACCACCCCCUCUGUAACCCCCCAACACAAGGUGCUAGAGCCCCUGUCCCUUCAGAGCCCUGUCGGCAUGGCAACUCUGUCUGACAGCCCUAGUGGGAAAGGCCUGUGUGUUAGUCCCGCCUCCAGUGGCGAGGAGAGGCGUGGCCGUCGGUCCCUGAGCACACGGAAGACUCCGGAACAGAGGGAGAAACGCAAAGAGGCCAUGAUGACAGCAUCACGCCAAGAGGAGAACUGCCAAGUGCAGUAACAUAGCAACUAACUAACCUGUACAAAGCCAGUAACACCCCAGCCCAAACCAAUGUGAGGACAGAAUACUGGUGUCAGAAUGUCUGUAAACUGCAUUACCAAUGUAAUUUGUCUGUUGUCUGUGGUACAGGUGAAAUGCGAUUCUCCAAUGUAAGCUGUAGAUAUUAAAUGUUUCUGUGUUUUUGCUCUGAACCUGUUUUAUACUUUCUAUUCCUCCUGAUUUACUACUACUGUUAAUAGCACAACAAACUUUUUUUUGUUGUUUUAAUCUGUUAUUAGGGCUGGUUUUCCAGACCCAAAUGAAUCCUACUGGACUAGAAAGCAUGCUCGAUGGAGAAUCUCCAUGCCAUUGGAACUUAAUGUGUGUCUGUAGAAACUAUCCCAUAAAGUCGUAUAAGAUAAAAACUCCAAUACCUAGUUCUGUAGCAUUAUGGGUCUUUUCUGUGUCAAUAACUAAUAAUGCCACUUCACUCCAGCUCAUUGGUUGUUCAUAAUGAUAUAACUGCUGUUUUACUAAACAUUGUGAUCACA